AUGGCCUCCUACAUCAAAACGGCCUUGGCCAAGAGGCUAGCCCUGUAUUUCAAGGACAUGACACCCGACCGCUUCUCUCUCUCCUUCUUCAAAGGCGAGGCUGAGCUGAGCGGGCUCGAGCUUCGUGAUAACUUUCUUCAGGUCGUCAUCCGUCUCUUGACACCCGACGAGGUUCAAGCUAAGGAACAGCUCGCAGCCUCCAAGACCCAGGACGGUAAGGGAAACCAAGCCGGUCAAGGCGCCACAUCCGCCACCCCGGCCAGCACCAAACGCGAGCGCUAUGGCACUGGCGACAUCAUUGGCGAUGGCAUCGUCUUGCACAUUGGCACGCUGGCCAUCCGGCUCGUCGCCCCAGAAUUCGACACCACGCUCGACGUCAGCCACCUGUGGCUUCAAAAUACCAAUCAUCAGUGGGAGGUGGUGGAUGACCUCAAAUCAGCCAUUCAAAUUCAUCAGCGGCAUGGCUUUGCCUCCCUCUUCAAAAUGCUAUCGAUGUCCUACAACUCGAGGUCUCGGCUGAGCACCUACAGAUUAUCCAAGUUGUUCAAUCUUCCCUGGCAAAUCUCAUCCGAGCCCAUCGUCGUGCUCAAGGGAGCCCUGUACCCGUUAUCCAUUCCCGAUGAUGGUCUGCGGGAGCGCAGCGACAGCGACUUGUCUCAAUUUUCCUUCGCCUCUUCACUCAACACAAGCCUUGGCACUGAUUCGGAAGACGAGGGUGGGGAGCAAGGGCCAGUCUUGCACAACGGACCUGCUCCUGCCACAAAGGCCACCCCGCAAAAGGGGCCAGCGGCCAAAGUCGAGGCGAUGGCAAAUCGACCUCCCGAGUCACCCAAGGCUCCGUUAACACCGGAUCGCAAUGCCAAUCGUCGCCUCAUCCCCAUGAUCUACGUGCGCUGCGACCAUUUGUUCUUGUCACUCUUGGAAGAUGGCCACAUUGGCACGCGCCGCCCUCAGCUGGCCACCUGGAGCUUUCGUCGACUUGUGUUCAAACAGGAGACACAAAAGCCAUGGGUUCCCAAUCCCGAUCGCUCCGCGAUGCGCAACCAAUUUUACCAGCAAUUUGAACAGGACAAGGAGUCAUGGUUGCUUCAAGUCGCCAGCGCUCUCUCACUCGAAGACUGCCUACCAGGUCGCGUUAUGCAUGAUGUCAUGACGUUCUCCGUCGCUAGCAUGACUUUGAUGGCCAAUGCAGCCCCAGUGAGCGCGGAUGCAGGUCCCAAUGCAGCACGUCAAAUGGCCGUCAUUUUGCAGAUUGAUCGAGAGCAAUACGACGCGGAUGACAACAUGCGGAUGCUCAUGUUCGAGCAUACCCAACUCUACCUCAGCCCGCGAGCCCGUUACGAGCUACACCGCGCUACCACUCGUAUCGAGUCCGAUAUCGAGCUCCCAACUGUACCAGGCUUCUCACAGCUGACACGGCAGCAAGCCCACCGGUUGGCUGCGGAGCUCCACGAUAUUCAGCUUGCUCUGCCGCCCCCCACCCUCUUUGGUCGAGUACACCCUUUCAAGGUCUCGUUACAUGUGGCGGCUGUGCUUCAAGUGUCGCGGUUUUUGGAGCACUCGCGACUUGCCCAACCAGGACGCCUUCGCUCAGCUCAAGCCAAGCGCUUUGCUGACCGCAUUUUCCAAUCAACAAGUUCAGCAGAGCUGACCAACAUUGGCAAAGCGAUGCAGGAGCAAGUUGAUGUCUUGCAAGUGGCGGAGCGCACAACGCUGCUCAACCUAUAUCGCGAGCGGCUAGAUUCCUUGGAAGAUGAGGAAGAGGGCUCAGCACUGCUCUGGAUCGCUGGUUUUGAGGAAAUGUUUGAGGAGAGCGAAGAAGACGCCCCGCCCCCUCCAAAGGGUGGCCCAACUUUGCCCACGCUGAAGCCAUUCUAUGACAGUCCAUUAUUCCAGUCAAAGUGUCGGGCCCCACCCUUUGAAGCUGAAGACCCUGAUGUUCAAUUGGUACCGCCUGUGAAUGAAAUCAGUGUUCGCGAUCCAUCCAACAAGCAUCCAGAUGUUGAGGGCCUCAUAUCCAUCUCCGUUGAUCAAGUGUGGGUCGAUUCCACCACUCCUCUGGGUCGCGCGCCACUGCUGGAGCCGGCACCACUCUGUGUACUUAUCUACACGCCGCCACCAGCGGAUGAAACGGGGGACACUGCCUCAACUGAGAGCAGUGGCACUGGGGCACCACACGACCAGCGCUCCGCUCCCUCCAAAAAAGAAAGCAACAUUAUUUUGCCAAACAGUUACACGAUGGUCAUGGCCACUGAGCCGUGGCACUUCCAGCUGCGCGACAUGGACAUAUUGCUUUUGACGCGUUUUUCAGAGUCGCUCCAGCGAACCCUUUUGCUUCUGGAUACGGGCGCGCCUGCGGUGGGGACCGACGUGCUUUUGGUUCACGUGCCCAAGCUUCAAGUACGUAUGCUCAAUGAAGAGCAACAAGGCACAGAACCUGAUGCAACGGAGGAUACAGAGCACGAGCGGGCCUGUACGUUGAUUGGCGAUGUGGACAUUGAUCGUGUGGAGCUGGCGAUGGUCUCCUGGGAUCGGACUAGCAUCACUGUUGCCGCAGCCGAUUCCAUUUCUACGCACUUUGCCAGAUUACCGGAGAUGCCCAAAGACUUGGACAUGAGUGACGCACGUACAUUCUUGGAGUCUGCUCGUCACGAGGCCGUUGCCGGGCGACCCGUCAUCAUGUACCACUGCCGCGAUGAGCGUCCCUCGCCACACCAGAGUCGUGCUUUCUUUGAAGCCAUUGAUCAGCGUCGGCAACGGCGCAAGGAAGUACAGCAAUGGCGCAUUGACAUGGAUCAUCAACACUUUCAUACUCUCACCGCGCGCUCGUUUCAGCGCCUGGGUGAGGCUGCCCUUUUGGGCGAGCCUGGACCGCCCGAACCGAGUGACGGCCGCAAUGCGUUUGCUGCCGACUCGGCUCCGCCUAAUGCCAACGGCGAGGGGGCUGACGAGGAUGCCUUUAUGACGCCUCUAACCACCCCACGUCUUGCACCCGCAGCCGGUGCCAAGUCCAUGCCUGGCGCGGAGCCUGAUGCCGACACGAUUGAUGCGCCCAGUCCGUCCGAAUCAGCUUCAUCCUCUGGAGCUGCCAGCCCCAACACUCGGCGACGAGGCUUGUUCCGACGCUCAAAAGACCAUUCCAAAAACUCUAGCAGCCCCAACAGCAAGGCCAAGAGUAUGUCACCUGUCAAGGGUUCACCAUUGCUUCGUCGGCGAUCCAAGUUUGGCUUUGGGUCACGGCGCUCAGCAGAGGCGUCCCCGGAAUUAUCUCGCAAGGGCGCCAACGAUAGUCGAGUCCACAACAGCCGAUCUCAACCCAACCUGACGGCCUUGCGAAUUGCCCCCCCACGACCCCCCCCACCAGGCUCUCAAGAGCCAACGCAUGAGCAAGUUGUGCAGAUGUUGAGCGAAGCCGAGGUCAAGGCCACUGUUCAUGAUUGGCAUGCCCGUGAGGCAGACACACGCGGCCAGACCGGCAACCCGCCCAGCGCGUCUGUUUUUCAGCUUCCAGCAGCCGACCACCCGGCCUCAGCGACACGCCAUGGCGAUGCAGCGCCAAAAGCUCUCGUGGGCGCCAACGUUCCCACCUCAUCCAUCUCCUCAGACGGACACGAGGUUCAAGUUCAGCUUGAGGCCCAGGCCGAGCAAGCACGGCCUUUAUCCACGCCUACCACGCCUACCAACCCCGAGCCCUUGGCUCCUGCAGACAAGGCGGGCAUUCGGUUCAAUGGUCCCACGGCCACCACGUUGUCUGAUGCCACGAGCUCUGGUGCACAGGAGGAAGGGUCUGUGGAUCUUGACCAGGCAGUUGUGAACACCAGUUUGAAUGCGAGCAUCGGCACAAGCACGAGUGCAAGCAUGAGUGUCAGCACCGGCCUUCCUGAUACGGAGGAGGAAGGCGAUAGCGUGAGCGACCUGAGUGCAAGCACCCAUCGUGGGACACAGGUUGACUUGACUCGACGCUUGGCACCUGCAACGCAAGAGCAUUUGCGCAGCGAAUUUGCUCGCCAGCAGUUUCCAGGCGGUGCCUUCCCGCCCUUACCGCCCAUCGAGUUGCCCAAGUCGGUUCUGGUCGUGCAGGGCUUGGACGCAUGGAUCAGCACAUAUCACCUCUCACGACUCGGACGUUUUGGUGAUGAUUACAUCGAACCGAUGCCCAUGGCUCCAUUACGGAUUGAGGUUCGUCGCUCCACGAUGGCCUACUUUGAUCAUAAUGCCUUGCAAGACGUCUCCUUUUUCGACACGGACAUGUGGGCAGCUGCCAUUGCUGCGGGCACGACCUUGGCUCGAGUUGAGGCCCUAGCCAUGGAUUUGGUAACCCGGCCCGAUAGCUCGCUCGACGUGAUUAUGGUGCCAGUGUCAGCAGAGCCACCGGCCUACGAGGCUCGGUUGCACCGCCUCGAGGCGGCGGCUGAUCAAGAGCAAAGCCGUCACAAGGCCGAGCAGCAGCACGUGGCUGAUGAGAACGAGCAGUUGAAAGAGGUGUGUUUGCAAGACGCCUGCAUGGUAACAGCCAUCCUUGUGUACGCGUGA